UAUAUUAGAAAAGAUUCCAAUUUCAAACGGUCUUCUCAUAUUCCUCGACACAUUCCUCGACUAACGCCACAACGCGCGGGAAACUCGAUUCUCAAGAACUGUCAUAUUGAAAAAUAUUGUAGGUGAAUAAAAAACAAGAACUGUAUUGACUUAAUUUAAAAUGUUUUUUGACAAAGAGUGGGUUGGUGAUAAUUCUUUGAAAAAAGCCUGGCUGGCUAGUCAUGGACACUAUAAUACAGAAGACGGAGAAAAUGUUGACUAUGGAAACUUAACGUCAAAAAUUCUAGAGAAGGUCAACGAAUCAAAGUCCAGGAGACAGGCACGACUAUCGCUACGGACCUCCUCCGCUCUUGUGAAUGGUGUAGCAAGACUGUACAUGGCAGACACUGAAAAACUGUUACAUGAUUGCGCGUCAUUAGACGAGGCAUUGAAAAACAGAAAUCGCAAACCAUCCAGUUCAGAGAUAGGAAAUAAUACAUCCAUGGAAGAUGAUUCAUAUUGCGCGUCAUUAGAAGAGGCAUUGAAAAACAGAAAUUGCAAACCAUCCAGUUCAAACAUGGGAAAUAAAGAAGAUUCAUGUAACACAAACUCAUCAAAUUCCACAAAGGAAGCUUCAUCGAGCGUUCCUAAUACAAGUAAUGUUGCAACGAGAGAAGUAGCGGUACAAACAGACAGAUCGUACUUAUCCAAAAUGGCUGGACUAAAUUCGAUGUGUUACAUUCAAGUUCAUGACUCUAAUGGACUGUUAAAACGCAUCAUUUGCUGCCCAGCUAAUUCCCAUGUUUUGGAUACACAUGUUAAUAAUUAAAAUUCACAAUUAUUAUAAGACUA